AUGAAACCCAUUUUCAUUCCUCUUAACCUUUUCAGCUUGUUUCUACUGAUCGCCACCCUAGUGGUGGCCGGAGAGUCCGCACCUAUCUACAAACCAUCCGAUGAUAUCAACCUUAACUGUGGCUCUUCCGAGACCACGGUCAGUGAUUAUGAUUUUCAAACUUGGACGGGAGACAUCAACUCAAAAUUUUUCCCCGGAGAAGUUGGUAGCGCAUCCCGAGUCGAGAAAGCACCACCGUCAUCCUCCACGGGCAGCCGAUAUUCUUUUCUACUAGUACCAUUCACCACAGCUCGGCUUUCGCACUCGGAAUUCACUUACAGAUUUCCCGUCAGUCCAGGCCAGAAGUUCAUCCGCUUGUAUUUCUUCGCAGCUUCAUACAACGCGGACUUCGACAGCUCGAAAUCACUUUUCUCUGUCAAAGCCGGUGGCUACACACUUCUAAAGGACUUCAACGCAUCUCUCAGUAGUGCAUCUUACGAUGGCUCUGAGACGCUAUUCAGAGAAUACUGCGUCAACUUUGAGCCAGAAGACCGGAGUCUGAACAUCACAUUCACUCCCAGCAAGGAUGGAUAUGCGUUUAUCAACGGGGUCGAAAUCAUGUCCAUGCCAACUAAUCUUUACUACUCGGCAGCCCAAGGCGACGGGGCUAGUUAUCUUGGCAACAGCGGUACCGGAUAUUACGUUCAAAACGACACCGCUAUGGAGAUGAUCUACCGAAUCAACGUUGGUGGCGGACCGUUAUCUCCGAAUGAAGACACCGGCAUGUACCGCACCUGGCAAGCAGCAGACGAUCUCUACUUAGAUAAUAUAAGUAGCAGUUUGAGCUUUGUUGAACCACCCAAUAAUAUUCAUCUCAAUUUUGCAAGCAUCCCCAACUACAGUGCGCCGGAAGCGGUGUACCGAACCGGCCGGACAAUGGGAUCUAACCAGACCAGCAACAAAAGCUUCAAUCUCACCUGGGGGUUCCCGGUAGAUCCUCAAUUUUCUUACCUGGUGAGGCUCCAUUUCUGUGAGGUUGAUCCCGAUAUUACCGAGCCUAGAAAUAGAAUGUUUCAGAUUUUCAUAGCGAAUUUAACAGCUGAGCUGCAUGCGGACAUAAUCAGAUGGACUAUAGAAAAUGGAAAAGGAAAUGGGAUUCCCAUAUAUAAGGACUACUUUGUGCCCAUGGGGAGUCUUGCAACCCGGAAGAAAGGUUUAGGUAAACUCUUUGUUGAGCUACAAGCAAAUAAAGACGAUACGGAAAAAAUUCUAUUUGACAGUCCACUCUUGAAUGGGCUCGAAAUCUUCAGACUAAAUGACACAGACGGCAAUCUCAGCGGACCCUUCCCCGAGCAAACGCUGGAUAUCCCACAAAAGGUGACGUCGGAAAGCUCUAGAAAUUCGACUCCUAUGCUUGCCAUCCUCGCCGGUGUAGUUUUAGCCUUACUUGUUCUUUCCUUCGUCGGGUUUUUAGUUUUCAGGCGUGGAAGAAAAGUCAAGGAUUCCAACUCCAGCCACAGGAUGUCGACGUCAACCAUGACCCUUCGGUCACCUUUUCCAUCUUAUUUGUGCCAUGACUUUUCACUGGCAGAGAUCAAAGCCGCCACCAAAAACUUUGAUGACACUUUAAUCGUUGGAGUAGGUGGGUUUGGCCAUGUCUACAAAGGAUACUUCGACAAUGGGGCCACCCUUGUGGCAAUCAAACGGCUUAAAGCCACUUCAUUGCAGGGCGCCCACGAGUUCAUGACGGAAAUCAAAAUGCUCUCCCGAUUGCGCCACCGCCAUUUGGUUUCUCUUAUAGGAUUUUGUGCCGAUCAAGGUGAGAUGAUCUUAGUCUAUGAUUACAUGGCACGUGGGACCCUCAGUGAUCAUUUGCACCGGACCAAGGAACCACAUCUUCCUUGGAAACUACGGCUUCAGAUUUGUAUCGGUGCAGCACAAGGUUUGCACUACCUUCACACAAGUACCGAAGGCACCAUCAUUCACCGUGACGUAAAGAGUGCAAACAUAUUAUUAGACGAGAAAUGGGUAGCGAAGGUUUCGGAUUUUGGGUUGUCAAAAAAGGGCAUUAUCACAAUAUCCAAGACCCACAUUAGCACGAAGGUGAAGGGUAGUUUUGGAUAUCUUGACCCUGAUUACUACCGACGUCAACAAUUGACUGAGAAGUCUGACGUGUAUUCAUUCGGAGUUGUGUUAUGCGAGGUAUUGUGUGGGAGGCCAGCUGUGACCGUUGUAGAUAAUAAUAGAGUUGGGUUAGCUGGAUGGGUUAAGAAGUGUCAUCAUGAAGGGAAACUUGAUCAAGUUUUUGACCCAAAUUUGAAGGGUGAAAUUGCAUUGCGAUGCUUGCAUAGAUUUGUUUCCAUCGCAAUCAGUUGCAUGGAUGAUAAUGGGAUCAAUCGACCGUCAAUGGAUAAUGUUGUGAGAGGGCUUCAAUUUGCAUUGGAAAUGCAACAGAACAACGAGAAUUAUAUUGAUCACAUUGAAAGGACGGUUCAAGAUGAGAUUGGAUUGAUCAAGCACAAUGAAGGGUCUAGUUCUAGUAAGCAAAGCAAUGGGGCGAAAGAAUCCAUCCAAUGGUUGACCGGGACAAUCUUCUCCGAGAUAAUCAAUCCAGUUGGGAGAUGA